AAAGAACAGCUCCAGAUGCUCCAGCAAGAGUUUUAUCACCAGCAUUACAUCACAAGGGAUGUCACCGAGCGUGCUCUCCAUGAAGCCUUGAAGCAGUCUAAGCUCCCAGGCUUUUCUGGAUUGGCUGUUCAAGGGAUCAUCAAUCAAGUCUUGGAGAAGCUGGAAGAAAGCCAAGUCCCGAUGACUGAUUAUGCCCUCAAAUCGUCAGGGGCUGCUGUCAUUCCUGAAUACACAAGUCCAUCCUACCGGAGUUCGGCAUAUAAAAUCGUGUUGUUUUCCCCGCUAUCGCUGGAUUAUGUGAGAUCUCCUGAACUUAUUCUUGAGAAGGAAAAUCAUCCAGGAAACUGCUGGCCCUUCCAUGGAAGUCAGGGACACGUCCUCAUCAAGCUCUCUGUGCCAAUCAUUCCCAGAGCAGUCACCAUGGACCAUGUCUCAGGGCCACCGCUCCUCAAAAACGGUGUCUCCAGUGCUCCAAAGGACUUUGCUGUCUACGCGGUGACGGAAGACCAGGAGGAGCAGCUCCUGGGACUGUUUGUUUUCCUGGCACCACUGAAUCCCACUCAGACCUUUCAGCUAAAGAAUGAGAUCUCUGGGUCUGUGAAUUACAUCCUGCUGCGAGUGCUGAGCAACUGGGGCCACCCGGACUACACCUGCGUAUAUCGGUUCAGGGUGCACGGUGAUCCUGCCAGCAAGGAGGGGAAGGUGGCACUCUGAGCCGACAACAAAGCUCCUUGGUUGUCAUUGAGUGUUCUGCCUGUGAUAAUAAAGUUCUGUGAUUGUCAUUGAA